ACCACAGAGACGGCGCCCUGGAGGACCAACCGGCAUUUCCCGUGCGCCAGCGCACCCACCGACCAUAGAGAUCCCCUUUUGGAGGCCUGAGGGGCACACUCAGCACCCUGAAGCACCCCCAUCCCCUCUUGGAGGACUGGGAUACCAUAGAGCCAGCACCUUGGAGGACUUCCCUUACCCCUCAACUUCCGGGUUCAGCCCAACCCAGCGAGAGGCGGGAAGGGGGGGGGGCGUGGCCUCGCCGUCACGUGAGCAGGGCGGCACCAUGAGCAGUGCGCUCACCCAGGGCCUGGAGCGCGUCCCCGCGCAGGUCGGGUACCUCGUCAUCAGCGACGGCGCCGUCCUGGCGUCCUCGGGGGAGCUGCAGAACGACGAGGUCUCGGCCGGGCUCCUCUCGGGGCUCGUGGCCGCGGCCUCGGGGCUGCGGCUCCAGCGCGGCCUCGACCCCCCCUUCAAGCGCCUCUCGGUUGUCUUUGGGGACCACUCUCUGCUCGUCACCGUCUCGGGCCAGAAGCUCUUUGUGGUGAAACGCCAGAACCACGUCCAGGAGCCUGUCACCGUCUGACCCCGUCCCCAUUGCCCCCCAUUGCCCCCCCAUUGCCCCCAUUGCCCCCCCAUUGCCCCCCCAUUGCCCCCCCUUACCCCCAUUGUCCCCAAUGUCCCCAUCCCUCUAUUGAGUCAAUAAACCACAUCCUGACCCCCCCCCCCAAUGGCUCCUUUUGGGGUCCCCACCGCGAUGUCACGCGUGUCCCCACAUGUCAUGCGUGUCCCUAAGGCCAGGCCAGCUCUUUAUUGGCACAAACACAGUGACAGCAGCUGAAUAAAUACCCCAUAAUAUCCCCA